AUGAUUUUGAAUUGGAAUCCAACACAAUUGAAUUUCGACCCAUUAUUCAUUAUCAUUUCUGCGGCUCCUCUGCCAAUGAAUCUAAAAUUCUCGGCUACUAUCACUAUUGGGAUCGCGUUGAGUAGAAACACGGCUGUCUGUUUUCCCGGGCUGUUUCGAAGAAUGGAGCAGCGGUAUUAUUCAGAAAUCGUGGGACUAAUUGCGGGUGUCUUGGGACUAGUCGAUGCAGUUCUAUCCAUAACCUUGUCCCCAGUGGUCCAGAUAGCAAAUUGUGGAACUACCGGAUGUUUUGUAGGAAGCAGUUUUUUGUUUUAUUGGGGAAUUUCUAAUAUGUUCCUUGGAUUGGUAGUAAUAGCACUAUCAGCCAGCCUCCUACUCAAAAUGAAAGAUAUCGAUGGGAAAUCUUCGACUGCUUCUGUUACAGGAUCUCAGAAGAGCAAAUUUCAGCAGGCCAAUAAAACAGCUACAGGAGUUCUUAUAUCAUCUUUAAUAUUUUUUACAAUUCCUAGUCUUUUUGUGGGUAUAGUUCAGCUGAUUGGGAUUUCAUUCUUCAAACUGAUUGGACCGUUUUACUACACCAGUCUUCUUCUCAGUGGAAUAUUCAGCGGUAUUGUUUUCCUGAUAUCCAAUAAUGAUGCUCGACGGGUUAUAGCCGGACAACCAACAAAUCAUUCAACGCAAGUGACGUCGAUUUUUGUGAAACGUGUGGCUGGAACGUAG